AUGCUCGAAGGGUAUCUCCACGCGCUCCUCAAGAGCAUCCUCGGGACGUACGUCGACCUCAACGAGGAGUCAGAGGCGCUUCGCGUCAGCGUCUGGGAAGGCCAGGUCGAGCUGCGCGAGCUGCGCCUCAAGGUCGACGCGUUCGAGCCGCUGCUCCAAGGCCUUCCGUUCUCGGUCGCGUUUGGCUGCAUUGGCUACUUUAAGCUCCAAGUUCCGCUCAUCAACCUCGGUGGCCAGCCGAUCCAGGUGCAUGUGCAGGACGUGUACCUGCUUCUGCGGCCGCGCGUGGCGAGCGCGCCGCAUUCGACCGCGUCGGCGAUGGCGUCAGCGACGACGCAAGCCGCCGCCAAGGCGUACAUGCUGCAAGCCAAGCGCACGACGCUCCAGGCGCUUGAGCUCGAGCAGGAAAAUGAAGCGAAGGACACCUCGGCCUCGUCGUCGCCGGCGCAGUCGACGUUCAUGUCCCGUCUCGUCACCAAGCUCCUCGACAACAUCCAAGUUCAGAUCGAACGCAUUCACAUUCGUCUCGAGGACGCUGUCUCGGACCCGCGCGCGAGCUACGUCCUCGGACUCACGCUGAACGAGCUCGCCGUCAAGUCGGUCGACGCGUCCGGCGCCUACACGCUGCAGGUCCGCGAUGUCGACACAGCCACAUGCCUGCGCAAGGUGCUCCACGUCAAGAAGCUCGCCGUCUAUGUGGCCAACGACUACGAAGCGAUAACGCACGACGACCAAGUGAGUCGGUUCGUCGCACAGAUGCAGAACCGGUUUUGGGAUGACCAUGGCGGAGGCGGCUACUUGAUCGAGCCCAUGACGAUGCGCAUGUCGCUGCUCAUGAACGACCGCGGUGUCAACGUGCCGCUGCCGCCCAAGGCCUUUUCGCAGCGCGUGCGCCAGCGUCUUGGCAUCGCCUGGCUUGUCAUGACGCGCGAUGCGAUCGGCGACGACGCAUGGAGCGCGUUUGUAUCGAGCAUGCCGCCACGCACGUACACGCUGACGUUUGUCUUUUGCGAGGCGUGGGCACUGGCCCAAGACGCGCUCGACCUCGACGACAUCCCGACGCUCGAGAUGCUCACGGCGUCGCUCCGUAGCUGCCUGCAAUGGCCGCACGUCGAUGCGUUGCGCGAGAGCCUGCGCGCGUUUCACGCGGCAGCUGUCCGCGUCGUGCAGGAAAAUAACACGUUUUUGACGGUCGAGGUCGCAAUUGAUCGGGUCGCGUGGCGCCUGCACCAGACGCAGUACCACAGCCUCCUCGCUCUCCUCUCGGCGGUCGCUCUGCAGCGGCGACAGCAGCCAUACAAGGACUUGCGCCCUAGCGUGUCUGUCUCGGCGCACCCCGCGGCCUGGUGGCGGUUUGCGAUCGAAGCCGUGCGCCGCGACAACAAGGCACGGCUCGCCACCGUCGACUGGAGUCAUGUCCACGCCAAGAACGGCCAGAAAGCGCGCUACAAGGAGCUGUACCUGCUGCUCAAUGACGGGUCGACCGGGUCCAGCACCGCAGGCAACAUUCAUUGGGGCGAAGUCAUGCGCGAGUUUGACGACCUCGAGUACGCCAUGGAGAAUGCAGACAUCUUGGGGUGUCGCGCCGACGCCAAGAAGACGAUUGCGGCGGCGACGAAGGCGCCGACACCGCCACCCUCGGCCAAUGGAACGGGUGACGCGCCUGUCUCGAUGUGGAGUUAUGGCUAUUGGUUUGGGACGACGACGGCGCCCAACCCGACACCGACGUCGCCGACCGCCAGCGUCCAGAGCGAGACGCAGUACCUCUACCAUGCCAUCAACUUUGACCCGACCACCGAUGCGUCCAUGACGGCGGCGGCCAUGGCGUCCACCGUUCAGUAUCGCGUCAACGUCGAGUUGUCCGAGUGCAGCUUCCAACUCGGCGCGCUCCUCGACCUUCACGUGUCGGGCAUGGCCCUCCAGCUGCUCCAGCGCGCCAAGUCGACCGACGUGUCGCUCGAGCUGCUUACGUUUGUCUUGACCGAGGUCUCGGACGAUGCUUCGGGUCGGUGCUGCAUUGCGCGGGUGCCCAUGGAGACCGUGGUGACGCUGCCGGAAGCCGACGCCAUGAGCAGCGUCAAGCUCCGUCACUGCGAAGCGCCUCUGCCGCUGCUGAGCGCCAAGGUCGAGCUACCCCCGCUCGACGACGCCGACGUCCGUCUCACGCUCGUGACACAGCCCGUCGAUGCGCGUCUCAACGUGCCCUUUGUGUUGGCGACGGCGGCGUUCUUUCAGCCGCCCGCCACCGUGGAUCUGCAUGAGCUCGAUGAUGCGGCGUGGGCCAAUGCCAAGUCGUUUACGCAGUAUAGCGGCGCGCAGCUGCGGCAAGCGAUAGCCGCGCGCACCAAGCUCUCGCUGCAGGUGGACGUGACGUCGCCGAUCAUUACGAUCGUCGAGACACGCAGUGAUGUUGUGCUCGAGAGUCCGGUGCGGCUGACGCUGUACUUUGGCCACCUCCAGGCCCGUAGCCACGUGCAAGCGUCGCUGCCGAGCGCCGACCACGAACGGUCCUUGGAGGAGUUUGUCGCCCGCCUCCCGGACGAGCAGCUCCACGAUGUGAUUGAGGUGAGCGUCCGAGGCGCCGACGUCCGACUGGAAUCGGACAAGCCGCUCCUCGAGCAGGCCAGCAUCUUUUGCACGCUCAAGACCAGCGUCGUGCCCGACGACCUCACGAUCCCGCUCAUCAAGCUCCACGGCCACGUCGACCAAGUGCGCAUGCACUUGUCGUCCAUCAGCUACGCGCGCUUGCAGCAACUGGCAGCCUCGGUGCAGCGCAAUCUCGCCCACGUCGCGUUGCCGGCCCCCGAUAUGGCGCCGGUGGCCGCCGCCGCGGUCUCUGCGGUCGCGUCAACCCGACCGAGCGCGCUGCCGCAAGCCGUGUCGAUCACCGACUUUACAAAGCUCAUGCAGCGCAUCGUGGUCGACGGCGUCUUUACAGUCGAUGUGGUCGACGUCCGGCUGUACGCCGACGCGCCGCUCGUGCGGUUGCACCUCGGCAGCAUGACGUCGCAUGUCGUCCUCCGGUCGUUUGAUCGCCGGCUCGAGUUUGGUCUCGGGUCCCUCCGCGUCGAGGACUAUGCGCGGCCGUUGGCGCCGACCAUGGUGUCGUCGUCGGCCGAUGCGCAGUCGUUGAUCCGUGUCGCCUUGACAAUGGCGUCGCUCGACCGCCCACUGCCACCCGAAGCGGUCUCGUCCGAUGUCUGGGCCGCGGUUGCGUAUCCGCAGGCGUGGGGCGCUGCUCCGAUUGCACUGCUGCAGCCAGCUCUCCAGUACCCCGUCUCGGUCGACGUGGCGCUCGACGGCGUCCAGGUGCACGUGCACCGGGACACUCUCUCGCGUCUGUUCCUCUUUUUCGCCGGCGACAAGCGUGACGAUGCGUGUCCUGUCAGUCCUGUCGCCGACGUCGUGGGGCCCGAGAGGAUGGCGUCGUUGCCACCGACGCCAGUGGUUCUCGAGCGCCAAGUGUCGGCGUGGGCCAAUUCGCUGCCACCGUCGCAAAGUAGCUAUGUGGUGCGAUCGGGGAACGACGGCGACGACGACGACGACGAUUCGGCGUCGUACCGAACUGCAUGUGCACAGACGACCGUGGCGUCGCCGACGUACCUCGAGACGCUCCGCGAACUCGUCGAGCCGGCCGUCCGCGACAACACGCCGUGGUUGCAAGUGCAGCUCCAGUUCAAGUCGUUCCAGCUUGUCUUGCCAACAGAAGACGAAGACGGGACGAUCGUCGCCGACGUGGCCGUCGAAGGGCUCUACGUCUUCUUGACCAAGUCACCGACGACACUCGCUCUCGCGGCUUCGCUGCAAACCGCCCGUAUCGUCGACGGCGGGGGCCGCGAGAUGGUCGGGGCCGACGUCGCACAGUCGGGUGCAUCGCCUAUAGCACCAAUGCACCACGCGAUCCAUCGCCAGCGUGCCAUGGUGACGCUCGCGUAUGACGCGUUCGGCACGGAAGCGUUUGAAGAGGACUGGCACCCCGGGUACGCCUCGGGCAUCUCGCUUUGCCUCCGGUCACCGCGCGCCUGCUUCUUGACCCGGUUCCUCGUCGACCUCCAGGCCUAUGCGACGACGGGACCUCUCGUCGAGACAUUGGCGCAGCUGUCGCCGACGUCACAAGACGCCGGACCGGCCGUCCUCAUGGGUGCCGCAAAUGAGGAGUUGGACGUAUCGGCGGUCUCGACCUUCCCCUCGAUUCAGAUUGAGCUGCAUGACUGCGUGCUCGACAUGCCCCGCGACUCGUCGUCGCAUGACGCGAUCACGCUUCGACUGGACGCACUGCGCGUGUCGAACGGACCGUCUAUGACGGACAAUGACGGCCACUCGACGAUGGACAAGGUGCUGCGCAACGCCCGCUUGACGACGCUUGCGAUCGAUGCCGCCGGUGUCCGCGUCGUGACGACGCUCCGCAACCGGUCGACGAGUUUGCUCGGCGGCACCCGCUUUGACCUCGUCGUCGACAUGGCCCACGGCACGUCGGUGACGAUCUGCGCGUCACCAAUUCGGUUUGUAUGUUCGCAAGAGCAAUACGCGUUUCUCUUGUCGGCGCCAACGUCCAACUUGAACGAGGUGCCCGAGCGACAGCGCGCACCAACGUCAUCAUCGCCUCAGCACGCCACAGCCGCACCCCCGGCAGCGUCCCUCACGCUCGUCGUCUCAAUACCCGAGCUCUCGAUGGAGCUGUGCAACGGCGACAGUGGCUACCAGCCGACGUCGACGGGCGAUCUGUCGAUGGCCACUCUAGCGUCCGACGACGUGGCGUCCAUGGCCCGUCUGCACCUGCGGGCGAUCGAAGCAUCCGUGGUCGCUGGCGACAGCGCUCUGAAGGCGAGUUUGCGUGUGUGCGAGGUCGUCGUCAGCGACUCGCGCCGGCACGAUGCCGUCGCGACGCCGUAUCGGUCGCUCAUUGCGCUGCGGCACUCGGAGGACGAGGGAGACGCGUUUGCCAUCACAGUCGCCCGCGGCAACGACCCAAUACCACCUCUCUUGGGUCCGGUGGCGACACCCGACGACGAUGCGGCGUGGCGCGUCGACGUGGAUCUUCACGGUCUUUCCUUCUACCCGUCGCCUCUCUUGCAAGAGCUGAGUCAAUUUUUUGUGCCAUUUGCGCCUAGUCCGAGUCCGCGUGCGGCCGACGGGACCGAGACGCCAGUGCUCACCGACGACGCGCCAGGCAAGUCGCAGGCGAUCUGGCCGUACCCGCCGAUGCGACUGCGCCUCACGUGCUCGGCCGCGUCGGUCGUUUUGGUCGAGAACCUCGCACGCGACGACUCGCGGCUGCUUCGUCUGCAGUGGCAUGCGUCCGUGACCGUCUCUGGCGACGCGACGUCCGGUGUCCGCGUUGACGUGGUGUUGUCCCAAGUCCAAGCGAGCUCCAAGCUGCUCGAACUCGAAGGCGACGGCAUCCUCAAGCCCAUUUCGAUCCGCGCCGGCGUGACGUAUGCGGCCCAGACGCUCGUGGGCCACCUUGGCGUCGACCAAGUCAUCGUUUUGCGAUGUGGGUACAUGGACUAUACGACGCUGUUGGCAGCAUUAGCUGCCCUUGCGCCGCCGGCCCAACCGCCGGCGUCGGCGUCCAAAACGGUGCCCGACGCAACACCGAUGCCGCUGCCGUUGCACGUGCCGUCGCCACCGGCGCCGCGACGGCCGGUGUGCUAUGGCGACGCCCGCAUAAAGUUUGUCUUGUUCACGCCGCGCGGGUACUUUCAAUCGAAAGACGCGCUUGGCUACUACUCGGGCCACUGGCGCAAGUACAUGAUGAUGCCACCACUGCCCGACGGGUACGAGACGUCGUUCGAAGAGAUGACGUUUACGCUUCUGCCGGCGCCGAGCAACGACGCCAGAAUCGGCGACACGAUACGAUUUGGCGACGCCGUCGUUCUCCAAGAUGCCAACGGCAUCUUUGUCGCCAAGUACGAUGCCCUUGGCGCGUCCGGGUAUCUCGGCCCUGAGGGCGGCGGCGGGCGGUUCGAGUGCCGCCUCUGGCAAGCGGGCACGACCAUCUUCAACGCCGACCGCACCGCCGUGCACUACAGCGACAGCGUCGAGCUUGAAGGCAUCACAGGCGGCGGCGCAGCGCACGCGGGCGACGCACGGCGGCUACCUCAUGUUUAA